GUAUCAAAGAACGAAGUAAACAACAAUGGUCAUCUCGUUGUCACCGUCGUUCUCCGGGUCCAUCUCUUCCCGUUCUCCCCUAAACCCUUCUCCCAUAAACCCCCGCCCAAAAUCCGGCGAUCACCUCUCUCUAUCUUCCUCCGCGCUCCAUUUCCGCCCUCUCUCCGCUUCACAAGCAACAUCCAACUUGCUCCCAGUAACCCAAACCAGCCACCAUAGUCGCUCGCUUGUUUCGGCCGCGUUUCCUUCCUUCCCAUCUUCCAACGAUCCUUUGUUCGAUCCGUACUGCAACGUCGGGAUCAUCGUCGGCGAGGGCGAGCCGGGAGAGCGAGUUCUCGGCCGCUUACGCCGCGAGGUCAGCCGGGCUGGGAUUAUACGGGAAUGUAGGCGCCGGAGGUUCUUUGAGACCACUCAGGAGAAGAAGAAACGCAAAUCCCGUGAUGCUGCCAGGCGCAAUCGAAUGAGGCGCCCUCCACCAAGAGUUCAACAGCAGGGUAUAGCUGAAAGUCGGAAAGAUGAGGAGGGUUAUAAAUCAGAUGAAGAUAACUGGGACAUCAGUGAUGUUGAAGCGCCAUAUACUUAAACGUUUCUGGGAAGGGAAAAGUUUCGCCACGCAGGGAUUUGUAAAAUGAAUUUUGUUUAAUGUGUUCAGUGAACCUAUCUUCUAGUAGGAAAAAAAAAGGUACCAUCAUACCAUGAAGGUGUUGAGAUGUUAGGUGUUUUCAAGUAAUAGAAUCUCUUGUCUUUUCCUUUGCCUUGUUAAAUAUGUGGAUGCAAAGAUGCGUCGCUAAUUAAAUAGAAUUUGCUGGUGA